CUCUCUCUCUCCCACACACACACCCUCAUUCAAUCACACACUCAUUCACUCACUGAGAGGAGUCAGAAUAGAAUGUAAAUGAAAUAUCUAUCGAUAUUUCCCAUUACUGUAAAAUAAACUGAGGGAAAGAGAAAUGAUGUGGAUUUGCUAUUUCCUCCUUUACUGGUUCCAUGAAUUUGUUAAUGGAGGCUAAAAAAGAAACAAACGAAAUGAACUCCAUUAUGUGGUCAUAAUGAGUUGCUGCUGUAAAACUAUUUUAAUUAGACUUGUAGACCCCAUCUCCCCAAAGGGUUCCUUCCCAAGCAAAUGUAUCCUCAGAAGGUAAUUGGAAUGCAAGUGAAGGGAAAUGCAUCUCUACGGCACUCAAUAAUUAAAUCAGAGGUAAAUGCACUGACUUUUUAUGUGUUCUCUCUGCUUCUGCAUAAUGUUUCUGCUAUCUGAAUAAAUUGAUUCAGCUUGAUGAAAAGAGAUGCCUUCAGCAUCUUAUAUUUAUUGAGUAUAAUUAUUGAAGAUAUUUGGAUGUGCUCCUCAUCACGCAAGGUCCCUAUGUCUUCGUUUUGGUCAGUUAGGUGUUUAGGAAACUGGUUCGUGUAGUAUUAUGUACUGUAUUAUUAAAGGGUGUUUUUGCCCUUCGAAAUGUCCAGUUUAGGUGUUAAUGUUUUUUUUCGCCUUCACAAAUGAUGUAGUGUAGUGUAGUGUAUUGUAGUGUAGUCCAUCUUGGUGCAUUAGUUGUUCAUGAUAAAAUGUGUCUGAGGUGAUGAAUUAGAAGUGCACCAUUAAUAAUUAGAAAGCAGCAAUUACGCAAGCAUGCUUCAGCAUUUUUUUUCUGCCUUGUGAUGACAAGACAGACGUCAUAUGUGUUUUUAUGUUGUUGGCCAGUUGUUGUCGCCUUCGCUGAGAGAACUGGAGAAAAGCCAGACGAUGCUCGUCAUCGUACCACACUCCAGAAAAACUGGAAAUUCAUGGCCCCCAUGCUGUGAUCUGCUUGCAAACCUCAAUGCAAAGUCACGCCCAGACAGUCUGGCAGUUUUUCUACAACUACCUCUCUCUGUUUUGUUUUUUCUUCACAUGAGACACAUCAAUUCUAUGAGGAUGAGUUGCCCGUGACCGGAUUUGUCUCUGUGUCAUGCGGACUGAGUGUCAUAGCCGGAAGCUGUCUCACUCGCUUCGCAGGUAUAUGCGUAUUGCUCCACUGAUUGGGGAUUAGGUUAAUCCUGUGUUAAAAUUAGGAAGGCAGCGGACUCCUCCUCCAUACGAGGAUUAGCCACAUCCAGAUGACUUGUUCUCUGAGUGACCUGGAAUCGUCUGCCCGGUAUCUUGUACAUGUGUCUGUGUGUGCGACAAGACCAGCAGUGUCCUGCAGUUGAGUGGCAACAGUGUCCUGGAACUGUCACUCAAGCAGCUACCAGCCUGCCAAGCCAGCGCAUGGGGGGCGAGUUGCUGAGUCAAGCGGACCCCCUGCUGUGAUAGUCAAUAUCCCCCAUAUUGAAAUAGAGAAAAAAAAAAACUUGAUGUGCGAGAGAGAAUUCAACAGCACAUCGAGACCGUUUUGCCGUCAGCCCCAAGCAAUCAGACUCCGAAUGGUUGUUGCAUCCCAUAUGAGUGGACGUGUUUUGGAUUUUGGAUGGCAUCUUCUUGAGACAGCUGUGGACCAGUGAUGAUGUGCUUUGGGGGGCGUCGGAGAGCCAGGCAGGUGCAGUGGGAUGAGGAGGACUUUCUGGUGUCCGAAGAGGUUCUCGUUGUCCCCAACCCGUGCUUCCUCGAUGCAGAUUCCUUUGUCAACAGUCAGGAAUGGACAUUGAGCCGAUCAGUGCCAGAACUGAAAGUGGGCAUCGUGGGGAACCUUUCGAGCGGCAAGUCGGCCCUGGUGCACCGCUACCUGACAGGAACAUAUGUUCAGGAGGAGUCACCUGAAGGAGGCCGGUUUAAAAAGGAGAUUGUUGUGGAUGGACAGAGUUAUCUACUUCUAAUCAGAGAUGAAGGAGGACCCCCAGAGCUACAGUUUGCUGCCUGGGUGGACGCGGUGGUGUUUGUCUUCAGCCUGGAGGACGAGAUUAGCUUCCAGACAGUAUACAACUACUUCCAGCGUCUGUCCAGCUACAGAAACACGAACGAGGUGCCGAUGGUGCUGGUCGGUACACAAGAUGCCAUCAGUGCCACCAAUCCCAGGGUCAUUGAUGACGCUCGUGCAAGAAAGCUGUCCAAUGACCUGAAGCGUUCCACCUACUACGAGACCUGCUCCACCUAUGGCCUAAACGUGGAGCGAGUCUUCCAGGAUGUGGCCCAAAAGGUGGUGGCCCUGAGGAAAAAGCAACAGUUAUCCAUUGGCCCAUGCAAGUCCCUCCCCAACUCUCCCAGCCACUCAUCUGUCCCCAACGCAUCCAUACCGCCCGUCCACAUUAAUCAGGCGGCCAAUGGCGGGGGUGCCUUCAACGACUACUCGUCCUCGGUGCCCUCCACGCCCAGUAUGGGCCAGCGGGAGAUGCGCAUCGAGACCAUCGCCGCCUCCAACACGCCCACACCCAUCCGCAAGCAGUCCAAGCGCCGCUCCAACAUCUUCACAUCACGGAAAGCCAGCGAGCAGUCAAAGAGCAUUGACAGUAAAACAGACAGCAUAGGCAGUGGGAGGGCCAUUCCUAUCAAACAGGGAAUUCUUUUAAAGAGGAGUGGAAAAUCUCUCAAUAAAGAAUGGAAGAAGAAAUACGUAACUCUCUGUGAUAACGGCCUUCUAACUUACCACCCCAGUUUACACGACUACAUGCAGAAUGUGCAUGGGAAGGAGAUCGACCUGUUGAGGACCACAGUAAAGGUGCCGGGGAAGAGGCCUCCACGCGCUGUCACCACGGUAGUGCCCACAGCCAGCCCCAAGACCAAUGGCAUGGCCAAAGACCGCAGCACCCUGCAGCUAGGGGUCGGCACCACUGGUGCCCCCCACUCCAACAGCAGCACUUCUCUCCAGUCAGAGCGCUCGGCUGGCGGCCUGGGCAUGGCCGGCUUCGGUGGCAGCAAGGAGGGCAUGCACCAGCGCUCCUUCUCCGUGUCCAGCGCCGAGCAGUGGAAUGAGGCGGUCAUCAACACCAGUGACAGCACCAGCAACGCCAAUGGGAUGGGAGACCCGCUGACCUGCAGUCCUGGCAUGGGCAGCGCCACCAGUCCCAAGCUGGAGCCACCUCCAUCACCACACGCCAACCGCAAGAAACACAGGCGGAAAAAGAGCACUGGAAUCACCAAGCCAGACGGGGUGUCGACUGGGAAUGAUGAGCAAGAAGAGUCCUUUGAGUUCAUCAUUGUGUCCCUCACUGGGCAGAUGUGGCACUUUGAGGCCUCCACGUACGAAGAGAGGGAAUCAUGGGUACAGUCCAUUGAGAGCCAGAUUUUCGCCAGCUUGCAGUCCUGUGAAAGCAGCAAAAACAAGUCACGGCUAGGCAGCCAGAGUGAUGCAGUGGCCAUUCAGUCCAUCAGGAACGUGAGAGGAAACAGCUUCUGUGUGGACUGUGACGCCCCUAACCCGGACUGGGCCAGCCUGAACCUGGGCGCCCUGAUCUGUAUCGAGUGCUCGGGUAUCCACCGCAACCUGGGCACCCACCUGUCCCGCGUGCGGUCCCUGGACCUGGACGACUGGCCCGUGGAGCUCAGCAUGGUCAUGACGGCCAUUGGCAACGCCAUGGCCAACAGCGUAUGGGAGGGGGCCCUGGAGGGCUACACCAAACCAGGCACAGACAGCACCAGGGAGGAGAAGGAGCGCUGGAUCCGGGCGAAGUACGAGCAGAAGCUGUUUGUGGUGGGCCUGCCGCAGUCGGACGUGCCGCUGGGGCAGCAGCUGCUGAGGGCGGUGGUGGAGGACGACCUGCGGCUGGUGGUGCUGCUGCUGGCCCACGGCACCAAGGAGGAGGUCAACGAGACCUACGGGGACGGCGACGGACGCACCGCGCUGCACCUCUCCUGCGCCAUGGCCAACGUGGUCAUCACACAGCUGCUCAUCUGGUAUGGAGUGGACGUAAAGAGCCGCGAUGCCCGUGGACAGACGCCGUUGUCGUACGCCCGGCGUGCCGGGAGCCAGGAGUGUUCCGACAUCCUCUUGCAGCACGGCUGCCCCAACGACAGCAGCGGAGGAGGCCUGGCCUCCGCCGGCACCCCCACUGCCACCCGCCGGAACCCCAACGCCAACAACAACAAUGCCCAGUGCGAGAUGAACCGCAGCAUCAGCAUCAUGUAGUAGGACCAGCGGGUAGGGAGGGUGGAGGGGAGAGAAACCCACACCAGGGCCCGCCCCUCCGUCCAUCCGCACUGAACUGACUGUACUCGCCUUUCCUUUGCAUAUACUGUGCCCAAGUUCAUCCCACUCAUCACCCCUCAUCACAGGUCCAAAAGCCCCAGAUGCCAGCAGCACAGGCUAUGGUAACACUGCCUUAUCUGAGUCUGUGUCGGUCCGAUAGGAUAUGGCCCAAUCUCCCUCCAGACAAUGCUGCCAUCUGGGUGCUGGUUCUUCUCAGUCCCUCGAUGCGUUCGUCCCCCUACGUCCGCUCUGCAGUAGUGUGGCUGUGGUACUGUACUGUAAGUCCCCCCCCCCCCAGCACAGCAUGACCAGCUCCCUGUGUGUGAGCAUCUCCAGUCUGUGACCCCCAUGAGUGGGCUAUUCACCGAGUUCUGUGUUCCCACUACAUGAGCCCCAUGCCAGGUCCUGGCUGUGUAUCUCCAGGAUCACCUCACACACACCCUACAUUCCCUUAACACAUCUCAUCUCACAAACCAAACCAAUCAACCUCCAUCUGUCUUUUAAAAAAAUACACACAAACAAACUCUCAGAUAUAUAACAAAAAAAUCACUGUGUGCACCCUCUUUUCUGGCCUUCGUACUGUACGUUGUACUUCAAAAACCUUUAUGACAUCUCCUCAUCUGGUAAAGUCAGAGAUAAGGCUGUGAGGGAGAAAUGAGGACAUUCUGCAGUCAAUCUGAAACCCUACCAAGUUUGGGCAGUGCGACAGCAGUGGAAAGAAAUAAUUCACAUAACAUGCCCAAGCGGGAGAUAGGAAGCUGCCUGGUCUCUCUGAAAUCACUGGAAUUCCAAGGUGGGCCUAAAACAUGUACAAGCCAUUUGUAGAUAAUAUCCUAUGAAUAUGUUUGGGAUUUUUUUUUUCAGCAACUGCAUACAAUUGCAGAGCACAUUUUCAAAUCAUGUGGCAUAACUUCUGAAUGAUGGCAAACUGUUCCAGGCCAUCUGUGUUAUGUUUACACUAAACAUCUAGAAUUUUAAAACAAAGCGCAAACUUUGUGUCGUACCUAAGUAGUGGUUGAUAUGUGUAGUGGAGUCGAAGCUUAUUCAUGUCAUCACUACUUUAAUAUUGUGCCACAUUGACAUUUAUAUACAGUAAAUCUGGUCGGAAAAAAAUAACAUCAAUGGUUGAAAAAAAACACUCAUCAUACAAUGGUAUAAAUACAAUACACAUACAGUAAAUAAGUCUACAUUCUACAUUAAGACUUGGUUGUCUUUUAAAAUGGGAAAAUGGUGCUUAGUAUGCGAGGCAGAAUAGAGAAGAAAAGUAAAGGGAGAAAAAAAACUUCAACCUGAAAAAAACACCUUUUAAAGAACACAAUAUAGGAAGUGAUGACUUAGUGUAAUUGCCAUAUAGAUGGCCAAAUGUGUCACUGGAUUGUCGCCACCACCUUUACCAGGGCUUAAGAGUUACAUAGGUACCUAGAAAAUGCAUCUUAGGACACCUGAUAUUGUACCUGGUGAUAACAAUGAAGCAACAUUGUCAUUACAAGGUCUAUCAGCGUGAGUGGUGGGGCGUUCCUGUGACCUUUGCCAUUGUUUUAAAAUCUAGUCCUCAUACUAUGACAGGAAGACUGGCCAUGCUGGCAGAGAACAUGUCAGUGGAUAGAUAGACAGCACUUGAGACUACAUCUGAAACUGCCUUGCUCUCCAUUCUUGGUAAUUUGCGUGUGUGUGUGAACGUGUGAGUGUAAGAUAGUGCAGAGGUGAAGAGGAGGGAGAUGUGGAGGACUGACGAGAGGAAAUGACGAUGUCAAAAAAACGUGUUGGGAGCAAAUAAUUUCAAACAAACAAAAACAUUCACAUGGCCACGAACCAGUGGCAGAGGAGAUGACAAUGUACAGACUAAUGUAAAAAGUCCUUAUUUCCUCAUACAGCCGUUCUACUGCUGUUUUGGACCACAGCUCCCUCCAACUGGUUGUGACUCCUUCUCUUGAAACUAUUACCCUUAUUUCCAGAAUCAGGGAACCUACCCAGUCCUGUUUAGGUACUAAUGUCAGUGUCUUGUCAACUUGUAGAAGAACAGACAAAGAAAUAACCUUCAGGUCGCCUCUGGUGACGAGGACCGCCACAUCUUUGUUGUCCAGUAGGUCUGAAUGUUCUUAGAUUUAUCGACUGUAGGCUUUUUUCCCCUUACAUCAUGAGUGGCAGCCAUUUUUACAUUUUUAGCAAAACGAUACGUUUAGAUAUAUGUCUGGAUUAAAGCAAGUAGCACAAAGUCUACAGAAGUUCUACUAAAAAACCUUACUUUCGAUCCUCCUGGUCAAAAUUGUUUGUUUAACCAUGCAGAAUUUUAUGUUUACAGAACCAGGGUACUUCUUGAGCAUGGUACCAUUAUUCCCCCUUUAUUUGAUGGUCAAAGUGUAAUAUACGAUAAGGUGAUCCAGGUACAGCACAGGGGCAAUGAAAAGGGCAAAAGUUAUGGAGGAUCUCUUCACGUUCGGAUAAGUUGUCAUUAGAGCCCCUUUUGCUAUCCUUUCUGGCGAAUCUCAUGUCUCCAUCUGUGAAGUUUGUGCCUCAGCAUCUAUUGCCUCUUUUCCACUGCCAGUUUUCUGGUUGGCCUACAGCUCGACACAGUGCGACUCGACCGCCACUUUUUAACUGCAGUGGAAAAGAGGCAUAUUAUGACCUGUAGAGUGCUUUCAUAAGACUGCCAUUAAUUAACAGUGAGACGUACCACAUUCAUGCCAACAACUUUACCCAAGAAGGCUGUGGUGUACGACACCAUUAUGGCUCAUGCUCAGCAUAAAGCUGGCGACCAACAGCUGAGUUGGGAGCAUUUUAGUUGCCAUGACAAUAUCCCCUCAUAUACUGUAUGGCAGUAUUAUGGAAGAGAGGAAUAUUUUUGUUGUUUGUUCUCUUAAACUGCUUAUACCUAAGUGGGUACAAACCUGUCCUUGUGAAAGUUCAUUGUUCAAAGCAUCCUGCACCUCUCACUAAAACAGACUGUGUUGUGUAAUUACUUCAUCGGCAACAAACAUUUUUUGUCAAAUGUUAUAUCGUUGUUUCAUUUGUUGAAUUGGCCAUUUACAGAAGCGUACUUCAUGUCAGAAAAAUACGAUGAGAAGAUUUUUUUUUUUUAAUUACACCUGGACUUUUGACCUCAAUGAACAAGAUGGUGUUUUACCCUUUGAAUACACUUUAUUCUACACCUUUCAUGUGCCCUUAGUCUUUUCUCCCAACUUCUGUGUCCUGACUACAAUUUCUGAGUGGGAAUGCUAGUUCUGGGCAUCUUUUGUGUUGUCUAAUGAAACAUUCAAACCACGUUUAUAUACGUAGAGAAGCCAGAGUGGGGAAGAUGAUAAGAGUUAGGAUGCCAGCCACAAAUACUAUUCUGCCCCCAAAUGCUGUGUUUAUGAAUAGAUUGUGAAUGUUUUAUUAGGCACAGUCAGAGAAAAGUGCCCCCGCUCUCCCAGACAGUUUUAAUCCCCAAAGAUCACUGGUUGAAUAUAUAGGUAGAUAUAUUAAGCUAGAGACCUUGGACCUGAUCCUAAGCAGCCUGAAUGUGUGUUUUUUGGUUUGUUGUGUUUCUUUGUUUUGUUUGUUUAUUUUGUAACCAUGUACAGAUAUCGGUGCACUAGCAUAAAAAGUGGAGCUUUGCAGUGGUGAAUAUCAGGCAAGUGACCUUUUGUGUGGGGUGUUGAAGGGGCAGCACCUGAGAGCUAGCAUAAGCUAUAGGAAGGGAUCGGGCCACUAUGCCCUAACUAACAAACAGCGAUCCAUGCUUUCAGGUGCACCAGCACUGUCUUCAACUUUUAAAUAGCAAAAGCCUCUUUCCCUCAUAAACAUUGUAUUUUUAAUAUUACUUUGGUUGUUUUAUCCGUUUAAUGAUGGGUACCUUUCUUUGGUCAUUUUUUUUGGCAUCGUAAGGUACUUUGUGUAAUAUGAUGUACAUUUGACAUAUUUAUAAUGCAGGAUGUAAAUAUUGUUUUUUUCUUUGUUUAUUAUUUGUUCAUUUCCCAUUGUGUUUAAUUUCCAUGUCAUGUUCUUAGUGUGAAAUCAAGCAAAUGCAAGAGAGUAACCUGUUGUAUGAUUGGAUGCUUGGCUGGCAAUUGACCUAUUAAACCAUCCCAAUAAAAAUGAUUUAUACCA